AUGCAGAGCUGCUGCAGCUCAGAUGACGGCCACCAAGGACGCCAGGAGGAGGCCAGGAGCCUCGAGCGUGGCUGGAGGAUCUCACCAGGCCGUGCUCAGCCAUACACUCGCAGGAUUGCGUUGAGGGAGCUGGCUGCAGGGAGGAAGCCCGGACCGGGAUCCCCAGGCGAGGACGUCAACAAGACCGCCUGGGAGCUGCCCAAGACCUACGCGUCCCCGACGCACGUCGGCAGCGGGGCCUAUGGCUCUGUGUGCUCGGCCAUCGACAAGCGGUCUGGGGAGAAGGUGGCCAUCAAGAAGCUGAGCCGGCCCUUCCAGUCCGAGAUCUUCGCCAAACGUGCCUACCGGGAAUUGCUGCUGCUGAAGCACAUGCAUGAGCCUGUCAUUGGGCUCCUGGAUGUCUUCACUGCAGCCUCCUCCCUGCGUAACUUCCAUGACUUCUACCUGGUGAUGCCGUUCAUGCAGACGGAUAUGCAGAAGAUCAUGGGGAUGGAGUUCAGUGAGGACAAGAUCCAGUACUUGGUGUAUCAGAUGCUCAAAGGUCUUAAGUACAUCCACUCGGCGGGGGUUGUCCACAGGGACCUAAAGCCGGGCAACCUGGCCGUGAACGAGGACUGUGAGCUGAAGAUACUGGAUUUCGGGCUGGCUCGACAUGCAGAUGCCGAGAUGACCGGCUACGUGGUGACGCGCUGGUACCGGGCCCCGGAGGUGAUCCUCAGCUGGAUGCACUACAACCAGACGGUGGACAUCUGGUCUGUUGGCUGCAUCAUGGCCGAGAUGCUGACCGGGAAAACUCUGUUCAAGGGGAAAGACUACCUGGACCAGUUGACCCAAAUCCUGAAAGUGACGGGGGUGCCAGGCACCGAGUUUGUGCAGAAGCUCCAUGACAAAGCGGCCAAAUCCUACAUCCAGUCACUGCCCCAGAGCCCCAAGAAAGAUUUCACUCAGCUCUUCCCGCGGGCCAGCCCCCAGGCCACUGACCUGCUGGAAAAGAUCCUGGAGCUGGACGUGGACAAGCGUCUGACAGCCUCGCAGGCCCUCGCCCACCCCUUCUUUGAGCCCAUCCGGGACCCAGAGGAGGAGACAGAGGCCCAGCCAUUUGAUGAUGCCUUAGAGCACGAGAAACUCUCAGUGGACGAAUGGAAGCAGCACAUCUACAAGGAGAUUGUGAACUUCAGCCCCAUCGCCCGGAAAGACUCACGGCGCCGGAGUGGCUUGAAGCUGCAGUGACUCGUCCAGCCCGACCCCGGCUGAGCCUGGAACUGCCACACAGCACUGCUGGCCAGACACCACACGGGACCCGUGUUUGUCACCCCUGGAGCCUCAACCCUCAUGGCCUAGAGACUUCUAAGCAGAGGACAGAGGCCCUUCUCGUGGGAGAUGAGCCUCACAGAGGCAGAAUCGAGAAAUGUCGGUUGGGGAAGAGUAACUCUGGUCCUAUGGGCUGCAUUAAAGCGCCUGCGAGGAGAGUCA